AUGCAGUUUAAAAAAACAGACAUAACCUGUGAAAGUGGAGUGAAGUACUGUUAAGAAGAAUGGUUAUGACAUUGUCGGCUUGUUUCAUUUGCUGCCCACAGGAUAUCAAGCUACACAUCAUGCAGACGCUUCUAGAGACGGAACAGAGCUACGUCCACUCCUUGGAAACCCUCGUCAAGAGUUACAUGAGACCGUUGAAGAGUCCCGAGUAUUCCCACCUCUGCAGUGAUCCAGGCAUGGUGGACGUCAUGUUCUACAAGCUGCCUGAGAUCCUGAACUGCCACGAGAACUUCCUGCAGCAGCUGCAGAUGCGCAUCAACCACUGGCACGACACCCAGAAGAUCGGCGACAUCAUCAGCGCGUCGAUGGCCAAACAGCCUGUGCUAGAUACGUACACUGCAUUCACCAACAACUUCAACCGUGCCAAAGAGCUCAUCAGCAAGGCUUCAACCAAACCCGCCUUCUUCAAGUUUCUGGAGGAACGCACCAAGGAACACAAGGAGAGGCUGAAUCUGGACGACCUGAUCAUCCAACCCAUCCAGAGAAUACCAAGAUACGAGCUUCUACUCAAAGAGUUAAUUGACAACACACCUGAGGACCACCCAGACCAGGAGAGUCUCCAACUUGCCCUGAACACCGUCAAGACCCUCGCCACGGCCAUCGACGAGAGCAAGAACAAGGCCGACCUCAAGGUGCGGGAUGAGCAGGCGCUGCGGGACCUGGAAGGCAUGAUAGACGGCCACGUGGCGCUGGUGUCGCCGCAACGACGGUUCAUCCGACAGUACGGGGUCACUGAAAUGGUACGGGUCGCUGUUCAAAAAGGUGCGCGGAAGGAUCGCUGCGUGUUUCUCUUCUCCGACCUCAUCCUGUGUGCGUCAGUCAAACGAAGAUCCGGGGGCAUCAGGCGCCCGUCUAUCUCCGCUCUCUCUCCGGCCACGUUACCUGUGGAAGCCUGCAAGUACAAGCUUGCCUGGAAGCUUCCCGUGGAGGACGUGGAGAUCGUCAAGUCCCCGGCAAGCACCCAGCAGGCCAAUCAGGAGCGAGACCUGGGCAAGCUGGAAGAGGACCUGUCCAUCCUGAGCCGCAUCAGCGGACUGACGGAGACGCUGUCCUCACCGCAUCAGGGUCUUGAUGAAGUAUUGAAGGAACUUACAGAGACAGUCAGCAAGCGUCUAGCUGAGAUGCAAGCACUGCCGGCACUGCCCACAGCCUUACUCAGCAAAGUAGAACUCACUGCGACUACACAUGAAGGCAUUGAGAGCUUCGUACUCCUCUUCCAAGGGCAGGAGGCUCGGCAGACAUUCGAGAACGACUUUGCUGAGGCAAAGAAGAAAUUAGCUGCACGUUCCAAGGACCACUUCCCGCCCGUGUUCUUAUACCCUAUCCCUAUCAUGAAGACGCGGAGCGGCAUGCAGUUCUCCUGUGCAGCUCCUAGCUUAGGCACCAUGAGCAACUCACUACGCGACGUCUGGGUGUGCAAUAGUGACGGCUAUGUAGGCCAGGUGUGUCUACUUAGUCUCACCCCUGAACCCACAGUGGCCUUCUGUAUAUCGGUGUGCUCAGCACGCAUACUGUGCAUUGCCCCUGUGCCUGGUGCACAGGACAUGCAUUCCAUACGCGGCAGGGUACACCUCCGAGUUCCCAAGAUCCCAUUGGACACGGGCCAGACCAGGCCGCUCCAGUUCCUGGGGGAGACUACGGCCAACGGCCGAUGCAUUAUGCCCGUCAGCAAUACCCUGAACCAGCAGGCCAGUGACAUCAUGCCAUUUGAUUCUGAUGACAGCGAGGAUGAGGACGAGGUGGCCAUGUCCCCGGGGUCGGGAAUGGCGCCGGAGAUCAGGCUACAGGUGGAUGAUGUACCCAUGGAGGAGGCUAGUUCAGAAGAAGACUUGGAGAGGACAUCCUCAAGCAAUAAUCUGGAGGAGAUGUCAUCCCGAGAGGAUCUGGAGGUGCUUCAGCCAACAAUGUGGUUAGGCACAGAGGAUGGAUGCAUCCACAUCUACCAGUGUACCGACAACAUCCGUACACGCAAGAGCCGAACGAAGAUUCGUCACCCAGCAGCUGUCCAGUGCAUCCUUUACCUUGACAACAAGGUUUUUGUGUCCCUAGCGAACGGGGACCUUACUGUGUACAGGAGAGAACCAGGUCAUGCCUGGGACACAAAGAACCCUCUAACAGUCACCCUCGGUAGCAGUACCACCCCUAUCAGCAAAAUGGUAUCGGUCUGCAGCAAGCUGUGGUGUGGAUGCCAGAACAACAUCCUUGUGGUUGAUCCCGAUACGUUAAACGUUGAGUAUCAGUUUUCAGUCAGCAAUGACACCCAGAAGACGGUCCAUUGUAUCGUGAGUAGCGGUUUGGGCGUGUGGGUAUCACUGCAAGCCACGGCCGUCGUCAGGCUCUAUCAUGCCGGUACCUACGAGAACCUAUGUGACGUGGACGUGACGCAGACAGUCUACAAGAUGCUAGCUGGUUCAGACGCCAUCAUAAGACAGCACAAGGCAGCUUGCCUCCGCAUCACAGCACUCCUCAUAUGCAAAGAGCUGCUCUGGGUGGGCACCAGCGCGGGCGUGGUCCUGACCCUCCCCCACCCUAAGAUCACCACUGCCACCACCUCCGCCCGCGACAUCUCCAUCCCAAACGGCUCGGGCCAGGGCCACACGGGACACGUGCGAUUCCUAACCGCCGUCGACAUUCCAUCGGGGAAGCCGCCGGCUCCCGUGCAGAGGAAAAUCAGUGAGCAGGUGCAGGAUCGGACCAGGGAGAUACAGCCGCUGGAAAGGGAACAGCAUCAACGACGGGCUUCGGCCACGGCCGCGAUUGUCUCCAACAUGAUGGUCAUCAGUGGAGGGGAUGGGUACGAGGACUUUAGCGCGACGGCCCCGAACGAGGCCGCUGGAAAAGAAGACAGUACAAACCACUUACUACUCUGGCAAGUCUGAGUGCCAAGUUCAAGUUACGAGGACAUCAGUGUAAAAAGUGACUGAAGUAAAUUAUGGAGAUUGGUUGUUUUCUCAGCCAGUAAUCUGAUGAUUUGGUUACACUACUGGUCCUUGGAUAUCAAGGCAGCUACAAACAGAAGGACGACGGUAGUAAUGAGGGGCAAAGAAUCCUGGCCUUUCAACUGGUGCAGUUGAGUCAUGCUUAAUAUUUAUUACUGGGCAAAGCAAAGUGAAAUUGACAAAUCUUUGGUAUUCAUGCUUUCAUUUGGUUACACAGUCUGUGCUAGGUUAAAACAGGUAAGGGACAAAUUGCAACACAAUUAGAGUAGCAGGGAUCAAAUACUCUCGUUUUUCGGAAAAAUUUAAUUGAUUUUCAGGAUGCUUUUUAGAUAAGGCUUUUUCCCCCUUCUCAAUGGAUAAUGGACCACAGAGAUAAUAAGUUAUUUUUGGAGGUUGUAAAUAUUACUCAUUUUAAACUUUGUUCAUUGAUUUAUCUACCCAGUGUUCUUCCUCACCUGCUUACUUGGCUUAGUUUUCUGACAAAACAGUUGCAACUGCACCAAAAUACUUUGCAUAUUGUGCGCUUAAAAGCAAUACAUCAAAAUGGUAUUCCUGAAAAUUUCUGAAAUUUUCCAGCUAAGACCUAUGGUGACACUUGUUUUUAGCACUUUCAAACUCCAAUUGAGGGACACACCGCGAACUAGACGCAGGAUUUAUUUUAUUCCGAGUGUACACAAACCCAGAGCAUCUUUGCAUGAGCCUCAAGCACCGACUGUAUUGCGUCGGAAUGUCACUGCACGUGGUCUCUCCCAACUCUUCAUUUGCAAUCGUUGAGGGGAUAAACUUGUGCAGAGAGCCCUUAUAAUAACAAACGUCAUAACAUCCAGAAUGGUACAAAAACAUGGUGCAGAGUUCAGGCUCAGUCUUGAUGAUAGCACCCCAAAAAAACCACCUGUUUUGAUUAGAUAUACUGGCAUCAGAGUACCGAUGUUUGAAACACAAUUGAAUGGACUGAAUUGUACACGCUGUCUUGAUUUUCAAAUCCUCCUUCAGUAGUGCACUGACUGCAAGAAAUAAAACUCUGAAUUGUGAUGACGACUUUACUGUUGAAUAAUUUAAACCACCACUUACUGUCAGACGUCUCCGUGCCGGUCGCGGUCAGUUUGUUUUAUCAGUGGGUAUGCACUGAUAAUAUUAACGUUUACAUUUAUCCAUUUCGUUUGUAUUUAACAUCAUUUUACGUAGUUUACCUACAGUGGUUGGACGUGCACAGAACAGUAUUCCAUAGUAUUUAACUUCCUUGUAAUGCAAGGUUGUUCGUUUGUAGUCAUGAUAUAUCUUUCACACAGAAUGUACUGAAAGUAAACAGUGUAGUAUAUACUGGGACUUUUCACUAACUGCUGCUUAUGAGAGGAUCAGAUUGAAACUGAUCAUUUGUCAAAUUUCAGCCGAACUUUAAUUAUUUAUUCCAAAAUUAUUAAAACUGAAUUUGGCCAGGUUCCCUUUGUAAAAUUAAAAUGACUUUUUUUUUUAAAAUUCACUGGUCUUAUAUCAUAUUUACCGUGAUCCCUCAUUAAAACGAUGAUUUAUUAUAGCUUUAACCCCUGUGUUUUUUUGUGCUUUGGUCUGUAAUUCCAUUUGCACAAUACGUCAUGCUGAAAUUUGGACAAAAUAUUGAGACGAUAAAUCUAUUUAUUCUAAAAGUUUACAAAAACAGUGCAUAUUAGACAGUGUCAACAAUAUUGUUGAUAACGGAUGAUACUCAGGCAACUUUAAAAGGUAUAAUAGUUUACAUAAUUUAAAAAAAUUGCCCACAAUAUUUUACAGUUAUCUGAUGUUAGGGACCAUAAACCCUUCGCUUAGCUGCCUUAUUUCUUCCCAGUAAUAUAAUUGUUCUGUUAAAGUGAAGAGUCUUUUUGCAGCAUUUUUCUUUAGAGUAUAAAGAGAUACAGAUGUAUUGUUUCCUUUGAUAAUAAAUGUUUCUUUGGGGUAUAAAGACAUUUAUUGGCCUCAGUUCAACGAAUAGAUCUGCAGCAGUCAAUAUUACUUAUUAAUGUGCUAAGCAAAAAGCAGCAGAGACCGGUCACUAGUACAAUAUAUCACAGACAUUUUGGCUGGUAACCAGUUUUUGGCUAGGGAAUAUUUUCUGUGCGUAGCCGCUGCCAAAAAAUAGCACCCUAUGUGUAAGCCACAAGUUUCUAGAAUGGUUAUCAUUUAGCCAGGCUGUUUUAUGAAACUAGCCUCAAAUGAGAGGCUGUGUCCACAACAGGCUAUUGGAGCUACGGCUAUGUCUAUUGUCAACUUGUUCCUACGUAGUUGUAAUGGGCGAAGAUCUAGCAAAUAGCUCUAAAGUAGAGAUUUGGUUGUGACAUAUUCUUGAUUUUUAAUCAAAAGAAAAUCAAAAUGGCAGCUAAAAUUAUAGAAAUACCCAGAGCUCCUUAGUCGCAGGUUAACAGCAGCACAGUUUUAAUCUUAAAUAUUCAUCUUAUGAGCUUUCGGUUGAACCAGUAUUCCUGUUUAAAUGUUUGUGUUUUGUUAGAGCUACUUGAAGAAUGUGGAUGUAAAAGACUCUGAGAUGACGUAAUGCUUAUUUUACUAUCAUAUGUGUGUAUCUAUAGACGAUGUCCAGUUUUAUAUCAGACAUUUAUUAUGUACUUUUGUGAUGGCAAUAUACAUUUUUAAUCAAACAAAAUUUAAUCUGACAGUGUGUAUGACAGUUUUUCCUAAUUGUACAUUUUACGACUAGUCAGAUAGGCAUAUAUGUAGAGAACCUUAGAUUUUUGGAGCGAAAAAAAAAGUGGUUUAAAACCACGUGCUUGUCAUGCAAUUUUAAAUUCUUAAGCUUUUAAUCAUUUCUGUGUCGAGUUUUAUGUUAAUUAAAAAAAAGUGGGAUCUAUAAAAAUGUAAUAUUUAAUCAAAACAUUGAGAAUGUUUUAGUUUUCAAAGCCGAGGGACCAUCUUCUUGUUGCAUCUUUAUUUCCCCCUCUGUUCUUGUACUUGUAUAGCGAUUUCUCUUUCCUUUACUGACAGUUUUGUAAAUGACAGGGCUAUAUAUAUAUUUCAUGUGUACCAUACUUGAUUCAAAGAACAAAAUGUAAACCUAGAGUAACUCAGACAAACUCAGAUUAUCAAUAAUUACAAACCAGGUGCUGGUGUAAAUGAGGGCAGUGUAGUUGAUGCCAUACAAGGGCCUUGUAGUUGAUGUCAGUUUCGAACGAUGGGUCAAGAAAGAGAUAUUUAAUGUACAUUAAACUUGUAAAAUGUAUGCAUAUUGUGUUUCAAGAUAUUUUAAUUGUGCAUUUUUAUGAAUAACUACACCGUGGCUAAUUUA